AUGGCAACCGAUCAAGUCCAGAAUCGCGAGAAGGAAAACCCAUGGGACGAGUGGGAGACGGAAUCCAUGAGUCCGCUGCUUGUGACCUCUGUGGCCGACGUGGUUCCUGAAACUCGAUCCGAAAUCAUCGAGAAGAUUGAGUCUGGCCUGGUCCAUGUCAAUCGCUUCAUCAAUACCCCAGUCAUAAUCAAGUAUGGGGUCAGCUUCGUUUUGCAGUCGGGUGCUUCCCUAGUGAGAUCCUCGAAAUCGGUUCGAUCGGCGGACAAUGUCGCAGCAUCCGCCCGAGCUUCUGCAGAGGCCACUCGACAUCUGGCACUGGUCCUAUCCGAUGCUCCACUAGAUAAGAAGAAUCAGCUUGGCUGGGAGCCUUACCGCCUGAAGCUCGAACAAAAGCAAAAGCAGAUGAAUGAAGGCCGACAGCGGGAUCGCAAAGCACACUGGUCGGAGUCGACUUGGGAGUUGGUACAGACCGCCGCGCGCUUGUCGAAGGAAGUCUACAACAAAUACCCCAUGUCGGAAGGAAUCAUAUUCGAGGCACAAGGAGACUCGAAAGCCACAAUCGUAACCUCUCAGAACCACAAUGGCCAUGGUUUAUUGGUUGUCGCCAUUAAAGGCAGUGAGUCUCGAGAUGACUGGUUGCUCAACUUCAACGGUGAGCCGACGGAAUCUCCCUACUCCAAGAAGCUCUUGGAUGGAACGAUGAAGUGGCAUAAAGGUUUCCUUCACGUCGCGUCCGUGAUGGACCCCACGAUCGUGGCAGCCAUCAAAGAUGUGAGGAACGAACAGCCCGAUAUCAACACCAUCCUCUUCACGGGACACUCUGCUGGGGGUGCCAUUGCCCAGAUUUUUCUGGCCGCAAGCAAUUCGCCAGGCACGGAAUGCUACAAGGCCGUGGCAGGCUGCAGUGUCUCCUGCAUCACGUUCGGAUGUCCACCGGUGGCAAGCAAGCCGAUUCCACCAGCAGGGUCCGGUGAAUUCAUCGCGGUCAUCAACGACGAUGACCCGGUGCCUCUGGCCCAAGAAGCGUACAUCAAGACCCUCAUCGACGUCUACACCCUCGACAAGAAGAGCUUCAACGAGAAACACAAGCCGAACAGCGGUGCAGCCAUCCAUCCGGAGCCUGCACUGCGAGUCAGUGGUGAUUGCAUCGUGCUGAAGGACGUCGAUCCGGACGCGGAAGACGAUACAAGUGGCUAUGAGGCGCUGGAAGUCCCGUCGGAAGACAUCGAGAAAAGCUUGUUUGGCAACCCGCUAGCCCAUAUGAUGGAUGAGUAUCUGCGCCGACUGGCGGCUAUAGCCUCUCAAUACCGGGGUGGGAGCUAG